UCUUGCGAACUUUGAGAGGAUAGCAUUGCCGGCCUCUGUCUGCGUGGACUCACAACUGUUAUAUAUCCGUCCUCUGCACGCGCGCCGCUACUCAAAUCUCGGUGAAGGGGCACACCCCGCCUCAAUUCACUUCUACACCGCGUUGAAUUCCAUACCACCCACUGCAUGCCUGUGCAACAAUGGUGGGCAAAAAAUCAGGCCGAGCCCUCCUUAGGGAGGAAGGGCUUCAGCGCACCGACAACAAUAUGGAAUUCACCUCCUGGCCGCAGGUGAAUAUGAUCAAUCAGAAGAACUACUACACUGAUUUCCUCAAACGAGACGACCAAAUCCUCGCCAACCGGCUUCAACAGGAAGAGCGGCUCAACGCGCGCAAAAAGGCCGCCGUCGACAUUGACCGCGCUCGAGCAUAUGGUGGUCAGGAUGGUGCGCCCGAUGCCGAAGCCGACGCCGAUCUCGAGGAGGAUGUGCAGAUGGACGAUCUGUCCAGCGACAAUUUCGGCUCCAAAACCAUCAUUAUCCAUAUUGGCAGUCAGAAUUUGCGGUUAGGACUUGCAACAGAUGCACUACCAAAGACCGUGCCGAUGGUCAUUGCGAGGAAAGCCAAUCGCUCCGAAGCCGAAGACAGCGAACCCCGCCCGAAAAGGCUCAAGCUGGACGAUGAGGAUGCACCGCCCGAAGAAUGGUUUGGUGAAGACUUCGCGAGAGAGUACAACAGCAUGGCGGCCGACUUCAAAGUCUCCAGAAGAGCGAACAAGCGCCGUGUACUGCCAAACUCACGAGAACUCGUGACGAAGUGGAAUUCCACCAAUCCCCCCGACCUCAUCUCCAUGCACAACGAUCCAGUCCAAAUCGACUGGACCGAGCUGCCCGCAGAUCCCAGGACUGCCCCAAACUAUUUCGUCGGUGCCGCCGCGUUGCGGAUCCCAGAAAAAUCCAAACCACGCUACCAUCUCUCAUGGCCUGUCCGUCACGGCUGGCUCAAUGAGAAGGAUUACGACAGUCGCAACAUGCUCUACAGCGACUUCUUCCUCAUCCUCGAGGAGAGCAUCAGAUCGGAGCUUGGUCUGACACAAAGGAGAGACUGGAACCAAUACAGCUGCGUCUUCGUCAUUCCCGAUCUCUACGAAAAGGCGUUCGUGAGCAAGGUGCUCGAGGAGAUGAUCCGCGACUUCGGCUUCCAGCGUGUCUGCUUCAUCCAAGAGUCCAUUGCCGCCAGUUUUGGCGCGGGGUUCAGCACGGCUUGCAUCGUCGACGUCGGCGCACAAAAGACCAGCAUCUGCUGCGUCGAGGACGGCAUGUGUAUUGAGGACUGCCGGGUGAACUUGAAGUACGGCGGCUACGACAUCACCGAGACGUUUGUGCAGAUGAUGCUCUUCGAUCGCUUCAACUACAGCGACUUCAACCUGAUGCGACGCCAUGACUUCCUGCUAGCCGAGGAGCUGAAGGAGAAGUACUGCUCCAUGUCGGACGAGAACAUCAGCGUGCAAAUGUACGACUUCCAUCUUCGCACCUACAACGAGGAGACGCGCAAGUACACGUUCAAGCUCUACGACGAAGGCGUGCUGGCGCCCAUGGGCCUCUUCCGACCCAGCAUCUUCAACAACGCCGACAAGCUCGACGGCCGACGCAGCCUCAUUCCCCCAUCCGUAGACAUCUACGACGGCAAGCGCAACGACCCCGUCUCCGCCGCACAGCUAGCAGUAGCCUCGUACGUCGAGAAGAACAUCCCAUCCGCCGUCACCGCCGCACCCGCGAAACCCAUCCGUCUCCUCGCCACCCCCAUGCCCGGAACCAGCACCCCAACCAAGCCCAAACUCCUCUCCGGCCUCCCCGCCCACCUCAACGGCGAAAACACCACCAACGACCAAACCGGCACCCCGCGCUCCUCCGCAGCCAACUCGCCCGCCCCCGAAGACCACCCAACUGGCACCCCCCAGCCCUCAGUCGACAUCAACAUCACAAACCUAGACGGCACCGCCGACGACGGCCCCUCCCUCACCACGACGACAGAACCCGACAUCUCCCUCCUCGACCGCGCCGUGCCCCUCAUGCCCCUCGAGCACGCAAUUCUCCUCUCCAUCGAGCGCGCCGCGGGCGCCGACGACCGCAAGCGCCGCGACUUCCUCGGCAGCAUCAUGCUCGUUGGCGGCGGCUCGAAGACGCCGCAGUUCGGCGCGUACCUCGAGGCGCGCCUGCGCAUGGCGAUGCCGCAGUAUCCCAAGGAGAUUUUGGUGGCGCCGCCGCCGCGCGAGAUGGAUGCCGCGGUGAUUGUGUGGAAGGGGGCGAGUGUGUUUGGGAAGUUGCGGAUGACGAAUGAUGCGUGGAUUGGACGGGUGGAGUAUGAUCGAUUGGGGAGCCGAAUUUUGAAUUACAAGUGUAUGUGGCAUUGGUAGUGUUAUAGCAUGAAAAGAGAAGAAAUAGAUUGAAUUGAGAGUGAGGACCAUUGCCAUUUUGAUUUCCUAUGAGGUACCAACG